CUGUUGCUGGCGCUCUCUCUGUUGCGAGCUCUCUGUCGCUGUCGCUGGCGCUCUAUUGCUCUCUGUCGCUGGCGCUCUUUUGCUCGCUCUCGCGCUCUCUUUUGCUCGCUGUCGCGCUCUCUUUUGCUCGCUGUCGCGCUCUCGCUGUCGCCCUCGCGCCCCCGCCCUGUCUCUCUCUCGCUCUCGCCUGCGGCUCCCCCCACCUCGCUCGCCGCUCUCCACCCCCCUCACUCUUUCUGGUUCGCGGGUCUCUCACGUUCUCUUUCUCUCUCCUCUCCCCCGCUCCCCCCAGCAGCCACACAGAGCUAUGAAACACUCGAUGCUAAAACAGACGAGGAUGACUUUGCUGAGUUCGAUGCGCUACGAGCUACUCCAGUCACCUUGGAGAGCAAUGCAGGUGAGCCGGAUCUGUUGGCAGGGGAGGUUCCAAUCUUGCAGGCAGACGGGGUGAAGACACCGGAUCUGUUUGAUCUCUCUCCCAUCGAGGCUCCCAGCUCGAAACCGAUCCCGGCCGCUCGCAAAACACCCGAAUCCUUCCUGGGACCGAAUGCCGCUCUGGUGGAUCUAGACGCCCUGGUCUCCAGUAAUGUGAAAGCCUCCAACCCCUUCCUGUCGACAGGCGGAUCUACCCCAUCCUCAGGCACCAACCCCUUUGGCGCUGCCCCACCGACACAGAGCUUGUCCCUCAACCAGCUGCGCGCUAGCCCCGUCCUGCCCCAGGGACCACUGCCGCCCUCCCUGGUGAUGCCACCUCCGGGCGCGCCCCCCCUCCUCCCGGCCCCCAGCGUGAUGCCCACCCCAGUUGCUGUGCCAGUCCCCCUCAACGGCUUCGUCCCUCACCCGGCUGUUCCGGUCCCCACCACGACCAACCCCUUCCUGCUAUAAUGGAAGGCCGCACCUACCCGGGAGGGGGCUGGGGUCCUUGCCGGCUUCCUCCGUACCCCCCUUCCCGCUCCCCCAAACCAUCACAUCGUCUUCCAGACUCUCACCCCUUCCGCCGACCACUCUCCUCCAGGUGCAAAGGGAUCACUCGGACCGCCAUCUGAAGGUUCACGAACUCCUGUGCCGCAGGAAGGACCCCAGGCGAUUUCUGUUUCUUUCCUCUCUCUCGGCAAAAAAACCAAAUGAAUGUACAUUUUUAAGAUAAUUUAUUUUGCUUCAUAUGUUAUACGUGUGUCUGGUGUAUGUAUAUAAAAAUAUCUAUAUGAGAAAUAUAUAUAUAUAUAUAAAAAAGGGUUAUCUUCACUUUAAGUUUAGCCUUUCUCUUUCGCAUUAAGGAAGUGGGUACUGCAUCUCUCGGUGACUGGGGGCCUGAAAGUGUCAAUUUUUGAAUAAUGUGCGAUAAUCCUGGUCCGUGCGGGCCCUGGCUGUGACGAGACAAAUAAAACUUUGGUGAUUGAAAUGGAAA